GCUUGGUAACCAGCUAUCAAGAUAAUGCUAAGGACAUCGCAAACUGCUGAUUCCAUCUCCUGUUGAGCAGUUCCUCAGUGAAAAAUGGGGAAUUCAGAAAGCCAGUACAGCCUUCAGGGAACAAAAAAUCAUGCUAAUGCAACAUCAGGUGCCAAGCAGAAGCCUUGCUCUCUCAAAAUCCGCAGUAUCCACGCUAAGGAUGAAAAGUCCUGCUCCUCACAUGGAUGGGGUCAUAGCAUCAAUGGUGCAAAUUACAAAUCCCGAUCACUAGCCAGAAACUGCCUUUCACAUUUCAAAAGUGCUCAGCCUUAUUCUUCUAGACUCGGGGACACAGUGGUGAAAGUGUCUAAGAACAGCAUGCACAACAAACAUCGAACACAGACCUCGGGGAACUACAGCCAAGGGUGUAAUAAUGCUGCCUUUUUGCCAGAGAAUGGUUUUCACUAUAUCGACGUUGAAGCUAAAAGUAACCAUGUUGCUUCCAGAGAAUGUAACGGGCACUUCUUAAAUUGCUAUGGGAAGAAUGAAAGCCUCGCAUCGACUCCACCAUCAGAUGAUCGAAUGAGCCCAAAGGUCCUUAUUAAGACACUGGGGAAGCUGGAUGGGUGCUUAAGGGUUGAAUUUCAUAACAGCAGCAGCAAUAGCACUGUCUCCAGGGAGGAAUCCAGUGGACCAGUACAACUGUUACGGUACUCACCUACUGAGUCUGAAAGGAAUAACCUACUUGAAGUGAAGGAUAGUUCUAGUACAGAUUAUGCUGGAAGCCAUUGCCUGUCAGCCUCUGACUCAAGACUUAGAUCCAGUAAAGGGAGCUCUAUUAGCUCCGAGUCUUCUUGGUAUGAUGCUCCCUGGGGCAAUAAUGGAGAGAUAAAUGGAAUGGAUGGGCCAUACAUAUCCAGGAGCACCCCAGAUACAAGAAUUCAAGUCAGUUUUCCCCAGAAUGACUGCAAGAAACCCUUAAACCAAAGUGCAUCUCUCUCUUCUCUCCGUGACAUGUAUCAAGAUACAAGCCUUAGGAACUGUCAGAUUGGACUUUCUGCAGAUUACAUCAACACUCAUGUCAGUUUAAGCAACCGUGUUUCAUUUACCUCCGACAUAGAUGUUCCUUCCAAAGCAGACCACAGAGCACCUCCACAGUACUCUUCCUACACUCUUCCAUGUAGGAAAUCUGCAGCCCUAAAUGAUGAGGCAACCAAGAAAGAAACAUUAAAAAGCCGAAUGCGUCGGAUCAGUGACUGGACAGGAAGCCUAUCAAGAAAGAAACGAAAGCUUCAGGAGCCGAAAUGCAAAGAUUCAAACGAGUACUUUGACAUUGGAAUUGAGAGUCUUCCUACUGACUCCCUUGCCCCUUCCCCAUUCUCUGCUUCUCUGUGGUCGCCGAGUUCUGGUCAGAUUUUCCCCCAGAGAAGUGAAUCUGCCAAUGCCAUCAGCAGCGAUUUCCUGAGACAGAACAUUUAUGAGAACUUCAUGCGGGAGCUUGACCUGAGCAAGACCAACAUUGAGCACCCAGACACUUCAACAGAAACGGAAGACUCAAGCAGCGAAUCGCUGAGCUCCCUGGAACAGUUGGAUCUGCUGUACGAGAAAGAACAGGGAGUUGUCCGCAAAGCUGGAUGGCUGUUCUUCAAACCUCUUGUGACUUUACAGAAAGAGAAGAAACUUGAGCUGGUCACCCGGAGGAAAUGGAAACAAUACUGGGUAACACUAAAAGGAUGCACCUUGCUGUUUUAUGAGACUUACGGGAGGAAUUCCAUGGAGCAGAACAGCUCACCUCGAUAUGCUCUGUUUGCAGAAGACAGUAUAGUGCAGUCUUGUCCAGAACACCCCAAGAAGGAGAAUGUUUUCUGUCUAAGCAAUUCUUUUGGAGAUGUCUACCUGUUCCAGGCUACAAGCCAGACUGACCUCGAAAACUGGGUUACAGCAAUACACUCUGCUUCUGCUUCUCUCUUUGCUAAGAAACAUGGGAAAGAGGAUACAGUCAGACUUCUGAAAAAUCAGACCAAGAGCCUCAUCCAGAAGAUUGACAUGGAUAGUAAGAUGAAAAAGAUGGCAGAGCUACAGCUCUCAAUUGUUAGUGAUCCGAAAAACAGGAAAGCCAUCGAGAACCAG